AUGGCUUCGUCUUCUUCUUCUGCUUCUUAUUCCACCGAUCCUGCUCUCUAUCUGUACACAUCGUUGACUUCCGGUUCAUCGCACAUUGUUACUGCGACAUCGAGGCUAGAGACCAUCUUGAAAGCGAACAGGAUCCCAUUCAAAGCGCUUGAUAUUGCGACCGAUGAAAAGGCACGAAUGCUAUGGGGUCGCAGAGCUGGUAAAGAUGAAUCGGGACGUGCUAGAAAGAUUCCAGGCUUAGUCCAGGAAGGUUUGGUUCUUGGUGAUCUCGUUGAGAUUGAGGAUUGGAAUGAAUACGGCGAAUUGAAGCAACACAUCAAGAUUGUACCUGUAUCAGGACCUGGGGCAAAUCCAGCCAUCCAAGCAAAACCUCCAACGAAUUUAAAAGAGAAUAACAAGCCGGCUGUGGCUCCUGCUGCUCCUCCCACAUCGACACCCAAAUCUGUCAAUACGAAACCUUCUGGGGCUGCAGAAACGACUAUUACAUUAGCUAUGCGACAAGCAACUCAAGAAGCGGCACAAAAAGCGAAAGAUUUGAAGAAAAAGGCGACAGAGACGUUAGUUAAUGCCACCAAAUCUGAACCCGAGAAAGCAUCCAAACCAGCUAUUGUCCCAACUGCUACCAUUCCUGACGAGAGGCACACCUUCGAGACAAUCACUAUACUACAAAAUCCUGAUAACUCAACGUGGAGCGCUGCGCCGUUCUCCUGA